AUGGGAGUUGCGACUUCGUAUAUGCUCGACCGGUUGGUAGCUAAACCUACAACCCAUGUGAUCAAUUGUGGGAAGAGUUUUGCUGCCCUACCUGUAAAAUAUAGUUUAACUGCAGAUCCCAAUUCAACAAUAAAACUCGACGGAAAAUCAAUAGCAGCUAUACAAAAUUCUAUGGUCAAUAAUGGUGUCACACCGGCUACAGCAUUACAGUCUAUUCUAGAAGCUCUGGACAAGAAACAGCCAAAGCCGGAGUGCUAUGUCCAACACAAAGCAAUGUUGGAAAUACGGUUGGCCUUUUUCGGAAUGGUAUUGCCUGCGUUGGGUCUAAGUGUGACAUACAAUUCGGCAUACCAGUUGAGAACCUAG